AUGGAUUUCAUAGUGUGCUUACCGAAAUCUAAGAAGUUUACCACCAUCAUUGUUGUAGUGGAUAUGUUGUCAAAGUAUGCCACUUUAAUCCCUGCACCAAAGGAGUGCAUUAUGGAAGACACAACCAAGCUCUUUUUCAAGCAUGUGGUGAAAUAUUGGGGUCUUCCAAAGUCUAUCAUCAGUGAUCAGGAUAGUCGAUUCACAGGAAGAUUUUGGACCAAGUUGUUCAAGCUUAUAGGGUCGGCGUUUGACUUUUCCAUAAGCUUUCACCCUCAAAUCGAAAGGCAAACCAAGAAAGUGAAUGCUUUGCUAGAGAUAUAUUUGCGGCACUUUGUUAGCGCCAACCAACAUGAUUGGGCAAAGUUGUUGAAUGUUGCCCAAUUCUCAUACAAUUUGCAAAGGAGCAAAGCCACCAACAAAAGCCCAUUCGAUAGUGGCUAUUACAAACAACCACUCACGUCGCACACCAUCGGGACAAGUUACAAAGGGAGCAACCCCGCGACAUUCAAAAUUGCUAAGUCAUGGCAUGAGCAAGCCGACAUCACAUGGGCGUAUCUUGACAAAUCAACCAAGAAGAUGAAAUGGGCAAACAAGAAGCGAAGUUGCUUGAAUCCAUACCAUGAAGAUGCAGAAGAUCUAGGAUGGGUAGAUUUAAAACGGGCAUCAUUUGGCAACACCAAGUUCUAUGACAAGGAGAUGGAGUGUGUGUUAGCCGAUCACGUUGUUCGACAAAAGGGUCAUCCUCUAAGCCGUGAAUACUUUGUCAAAUGGAAGAGGCUACCGAAAAGUGAAGCAAGUUGGGAAUCUAAAGAUGCAUUAUGGCAAUUCAAAGACAAGGUCCAAGAAUUCCACAAAGAGUCGACGAGACGUCUUCGAAUUAGGUGGGGGGAAUGUGAUGCCUCUCAAACAUUCCAUUAA